CACCACAAAUGGCGCUCUCACAGCUUAACUUUUCCACUUAAGCCGACAGCGAACCACAAGGAAACAACUGAAUGGGACCUACAUUUAACUAAAGAUUCCUCUGAAGAGCAAAUUACUUGUGUGGCAUUUAAAGAAGAUUUUCUGGAUUUGGACUCAGAGACUGUGAGAUUUUUAAAGCAGCAAGCUUGCAUUUUUGACAGAUGGUUUGUUUUGACAGUUUUCCACAGUCCAGGAUCUAAUCCGGUUCUUCUAGCAUAAGGAAGUCACUCAAAGUUGGAAACAACGCAUUUUGUGCAGCUUCUGCAAUAAAUUCACUUAAAAGUCUGUCUUUGAAGAGACUCUUUAUUUUCCAACUUUCCAUGACAAUGCCAGUGGUCAAAGUGGAGAAAGACUCUCCAGCAGGCACCACCUUGCCGUCAUCCAAUCCUACACCGCAGACAGAGGAGCAGCCCCGAGGUCGAAGGAGGAAGAGACCCCUCCAGCGAGGGAAACCACCGUACAGCUAUAUUGCACUCAUUUCUAUGGCUAUAGCCAACUCCCCUGACCGCAAACUGACUCUGGGGGGCAUCUACAAAUUCAUCACAGAGCGCUUCCCUUUCUACAGAGACAAUUCAAAGAAGUGGCAAAACUCCAUUCGUCACAACCUGACUCUCAAUGAUUGCUUUAUCAAGAUCCCUCGAGAGCCGGGAAGGCCUGGGAAGGGCAACUACUGGGCACUGGACCCAAACGCAGAGGACAUGUUUGAGAGUGGCAGCUUUUUGAGACGCAGGAAGAGGUUUAAACGCUGUGACUUGAGCACUUAUGCUUCAUAUAUGCAUGAGACGCCAGUUUUCUCUCCUGUCCAGAUUACAAGAUCAGCAGCAUACACCAACUCAGUCUACUCCAACAUGACAGUAAGUCCAACCUACGGACAGCAGCUUCCCUCUGCCUAUUACCCCUCUUCCUCACCUCCAGGGUUUGGCCAUGGUCAAACUCGCAUGUUCAGCAUCAAUAACAUCAUAGGACACCCAACCACUGCAAGCAUGCUGACAGGUCAGGCAGCAGAGGUGAUGCAGCAGCCCAGCCGGAGCUUCAGUCCUGAGGGGCUUCCAAAUGGAUCCAGCCCCUGUGGCCUGGGAGCCCCAGGUUUCCAGAGUCAGCCAUGUGGGGGAGCUGUGCCACCUCGCUCCUCCACACAUCCAGGCUUCACUUACUCUGGAUCAAACAGCCAUCCACACCAUCAAGCCCACCAAAGCUCAUAUGGACAGGGUCACACUCAGGGGUAUGCAGCAGCUGGCCGGAUCCACACCUCAGCUCACGGCCAUGCAGAAAUGGUGGACCAUUACGGCAGGGUCUCCCCAGUCCAGCUGGGCUCUUUCUCCCAGUACAACAGCACAGUAGGUCCUGUUGCCAGCACUGGCGGAUAUCUGAGACACCCAACAUACCCAGGGAACAUGGACCGGUUUGUGCCUGCCAUUUAAACUUCUAAACACCUUUUUAAAAGGACAUCAGAGAUCUGAGAGGGCACCAAGUAAGCCAGACUUCUGCAUACAAACAUGAUGAUUCUGGACAAACUGAACAGACCGACCUCUGAGACACAACUGUGAUAGCUUUCUUUUCUUCUUUUUCUUGUUUGUUGAUCCUAAAGCUCUUCUUCUGCACUGUUAAAUACAUUCUCUGAACCUGGAUUUAAAUGUAAAAAUCAUGAGAAUGUAAAUCGAGUGUAAUUUUGUGUGGUUGCAAGUUGUUAUUUUUUCUUUUGUCACAUCUUGAAUGUGAGUUAAAAUGACAUAUUUGGUAAUGCUCAUAUAAGUUAUUGUGCUUCAUGGUUAUAGGCUUUACAGUGAAUGUCUUGUGUGAAGAGCGUUGAUUUUUGUACAUGAAUUGCAUGAAUUUUACUGCCAAAUAAUGCAUAAAGUUUGCCUUUUUCUUUUUUGUAAAGACUGUUAUAGCACUUUUGUUCGUCAAGAAUAAAACAUAAUUACUUAUGAA